CAAAGUACCAUCGCCCUUCCGGUUUUCUCCCCAGCCCCCGCCCCGGUCGCGGAGCCGUCGUUCUCGUCUUUCGGUACUCGCGCGCGCCAGCUCACUUCUCUACUUCCCUUCCCCAGAUCUACCUCCAUUCUUCCCUCAAAAUCACAGAUCUCUCUCGGCCCCGUGCCCAGCGCUCCGAAACCCUAGCGCCGCCGCGGGUGCCAGGCCGCGAGCGUCGCCAUGGGCAUCGUGUUUACGCGGCUCUUCUCGUCGGUCUUCGGUAACCGCGAGGCUCGCAUCCUCGUCCUCGGCCUGGACAAUGCUGGCAAGACCACCAUACUCUAUAGACUGCAAAUGGGAGAGGUCGUCUCCACGAUCCCGACAAUUGGAUUCAACGUUGAGACGGUGCAGUACAACAACAUCAAGUUCCAAGUAUGGGAUCUUGGUGGUCAAACAAGCAUCAGGCCAUACUGGCGGUGCUACUUUCCAAACACCCAGGCUAUCAUAUAUGUUGUUGAUUCAAGCGAUACAGAUAGGCUUGUAACAGCAAAAGAAGAAUUCCAUGCCAUCCUUGAGGAUCUUCCAGGUGCACUCGAUGAUGCUGCCAUUACAGAGUCAUUAGAACUACACAAAAUUAAGAGCCGCCAAUGGGCGAUUUUCAAAACAUCUGCAAUAAAGGGAGAGGGGCUCUUCGAAGGUUUGGACUGGCUCAGUAACACGCUCAAAUCUGGAAGCAGCUAAGGAGCCUCCGCCUCGUCAUGAAUCAUUUGCUGGAUGGUAAAGAAUAGCCGAUGCUUGCAAGUCAGCGCGCAAAUCCCAUUCUCUUUGUUUUAACUCCAGAAGUUCUACACCGCCAUCAAUUAUCUGUAAAGUGCGUGUUAAAUUUUUUGGAUACUACAUUAGAUGUACCCCCAGGUUGAGAUCAAGAAUAGGUCUGUGGAAAAUGACGAGCAAACUGUGCUACUGUCUUUACCCGUAAAUCUCAUGGAUCAUGACAAGUUUUUUUUUGUACCCCAAUAUGAUUAAACUUACUCCACAUUUCUAUGUUUUCGUAUCAGUGAUCAUUACAGAAACUGCUCUUAA